AUGGUUGAGAUAAAGGAAAAUGUGGAAGUUAGCAUCGAUCUAGAUCUCCUUGAAGCUAACUAUUUGCGUUCGUGGAUUCGCCGUGCAUUCAAGUUCAAGAGGAAUGAAGAUGUGACAAUGAAUACUGUCCGCCAACCAUGUGAACGUGUCAUCACCCACAAAGUCGAUGAUGGAGUGGUUUUGAUUAAGGACUUGGCCGAAAAAGGUUUAAUUCAGAGUGUUUCGGUUAUUGGGUUUGGUUUAGUCAAUCCGAGACUUUGGCACAUGGCUUGUAAGCAAUGUUUCCGCCCUGUUCAUCAUGAAUACAUGUAUAAAUUUACUUGCUGGAUUUGUGGCUUAGAGAAACUCACUCGUCCUAGGUAA